AUGGGCCAUUUCCCUGGGCCAAAGUUCUCUGCCUUUACGCGCCUACCGUACCUCACUGCCAUAGUGAUAGGUGAACUACCACGACACGUUGCCCAGCUCCACGCGCAAUACGGAGAAGUAGUGCGCCUCUCGCCUGAUGAACUCAGCUUCACCAAUCCAAAAGCUUGGCGCGACAUCUACGGUUAUGGGUCAAAGGAAGGCCCAGGCUCGGCGCCGCCCAAAAACUGGAAUCGCCGGGGAAGUUCUCCUGAUGGAGCCAACUCACUUGUCGCAGAGCAAGACAAUGCCGAGCAUGCACGGAUUCGCAAAAUCUUCUCUCCCGCGUUCUCUGACCGAGCGCUCGUACAGCAGUCACCAUUAUUUAUCAAGUACGCUGAUCAACUUGUCCGCAAUUUGAGAGAAAGUGUCCAGGCGAACGCGGUCGAUCUCGUCCGAAUGUACAACUUCACCACUUUCGACGUCAUGGCCGACCUAACAUUUGGCGAAUCUCUACACCUGCUCGAUAACGCAGAGUACAACACCUGGAUUCAAGUCAUCUUCAGAAGCAUCAAGGGCGGUACGCUAAUGAGCAUCUUCUUCUACUACCCGCUCGCCAAGUUUAUUCUAUUUACAUUGUUGGGGAAAACGAUUGCGACAUUUCGGAGGGAGCAUCACAACUACACUGUCGAAAGGGUCACUAAGCGACUUGAAAAGGGACGAGUAUCCGAGGGUGUCGAUCUGUGGGAUCUGGUUCUCCAACAAGAAGACAAGGGCAAACCGGGCCUGACCCGCCCUGUCAUGGACAUGAACGGCGAGUUGUUCAUGUUAGCUGGCACGGAAACGACGGCGACGUUGCUCAGUGGACUGACCUACUUGCUUCUGGUGCACUCCGAGUCAAUGGCGAAGCUCGUAGAGGAAAUCCGGACGGCAUUUAACUCAUCAGACGACAUAACCUCUCAUUUGGCAAUGUACAGCUCCCCGAACAACUUCAGACUCCCCGAAAGUUUUAUCCCCGAGCGCUGGCUAGGCGACCCACGCUUCACCUCCGAUGAACGCUCAGCUCUUCAGCCGUUUCAUGUAGGCCCAAGGGACUGCUUAGGCAAGAACAUGGCCCUCCACGAAAUGCGCCUCAUCAUGAGCAAAGUGCUCUUCAACUUCGAUCUCGAAUUGCUCCCCGAAUGUCGGAAUUGGAUCGCGGAUCAGAAGAUAUACUCUUUGUGGGAAAAGACACCAUUGAUGGUUAAGAUCAAGGAUGCAGUCCCCGACGUAGACAUGUACGAAGAUGUCGUCCAAUUAACGACACCACUCCAACUCCAACCACCUGUAUCCAUCUACAUCAAGAGCGACUCACCUUAUCGGGUCACUCUCAUAAAGGGCAACAGUGUCGACGUCGACGCUGGCCCCGAGUCCUUCACCAAGAUCACGUCCUUGAGGCCGCUCAUCAUUGCGUCAUCAGCGCCACUUAAGUCCGCAUUCGCUGAAGGAUGGAACAAACUGCCAGCCGAGCUGAAGAUCCUGACACUCGAGUUCAAUAUGAAAGCCGAGAAUCGCGUCGGCGCAGGCAACAAGUGUGUCUACCCUCCAAUAGUCUAUUGUCGGCUGCUUCCCCACCUGGCAAUGACACGCGAGAUCGGCGCAAUCGCGCGAGAUAUCUUCUGGACCAAGAACGAGUUCCAUUUAGAGCCGGCAUAUUACUCUGUCAUUCCGGGAAAUGGAAGCCUGGACGCCCGCCUCUACUUCGCCUAUCCCCCACAAGCAUUUCACCAUCUCAUUCGACGACUCGCUGUGCGCAUCCGCCCGAUGAGGGAUGAGUGGCUUAAGCUCGCUAAGCUUGCGAAUGGUGACUAUGGCUUCGCUGCGCUUCGCAAUGUCGUUGUCGAGUUGGACAUGCGGGUUGUGCAAUUUACCAGAGCGAGAAGAUACGAUGACUUUCUCACCAACACGGUCGGCGAUGGAAUCGACUUUCACUGCGCUGGCAAUCUGAAAUUCCUUGCUCCACAGAAAGCUAAGGGCAGGUCAUCAGAGGUUUCGUUCGAAGAUGUGAAGAAGAUGUUCAACAGCAGGAUCAGGUUCGCGGUCGAGGAGACCAAGGCGGAAGGUUGA